UAAUAGUCCUUUUGUUUUGCCCAUUUUCCUCUAGCUGCCUCGCACAGAUAAAAAGUCAAAAAAAGGACGGUAUGAUUCCGAAACAGCCAAGAAUUGCCUCGCUGUCUCUGAGGGAGCAAAUGAACAGACGCCGAACUUCCAUAAGCAAUAAACCAGUGACGAGCAAGCCCAAAGAGUCGUCGAGUUUAGCAGGUAGGAGGAUGGAAGCCUCGAGCAGCAGGAAGGACUCGGACGAGACGACGGGCGACGAGGAGCCCGAGGAGAGUUACAGCGCGGAGAUGCUGCUCAAGCAGAAUUACGAGCUGCGCCAUCGGCUGGAGGAGGAGGCGGCGAGCUACAAGCGUCGACUGGACACGUAUCGGCAGGCGCAGCAGCACCAGGCCGCUCUGGUCUCCCGGCUCCAGGCCAAGGUGCUGCAGUACAAGCAGCGAUGCUCCGAGCUCGAGAACAACGCCUCGGACUCGCCGGCCGACGAGGACAGACUGGCGCCGGCCUCGAGCAGCCACUUGAUCCUCCAGACGGCCCAGCAGACUAUGAGAGAUAUGCGCGACGCCGAGCAGAUUACCGAUCUCGACGCUGCCAUGAGAAAACUCGCCGAGGAGCGCGCCAGGUGCGAGCGUCUGCAGCAGUCGAACGCCCAAUUAAAGGAUCAACUGGAAGAGUCGCACAGGAGCAACGAGACGCUGACGAGCGAUCUGCAGAAGCUCAGCAGCGAGUGGGAUUCGCUGCGCGAGGAAAUGACCACCAAAGAGGACGAGUGGAAGGAGGAGGAAAUGGCCUUCAACGAGUACUACGCCUCGGAACACGCGCGUCUCUUGAACCUUUGGCGGGACGUCGUGUCGCUCAAGCGCCUCUUCUCCGACAUGAAGUUCACGACGGAGCGCGACCUCGGCAAGAUGCGCACUCAGUUGGCCAGCGCCGCCAGCGAUACUCUGGCCGCCUGCAGCAGCACCGGCUUCGCUCUCAAGCUCCAGGCUAUGCUGCCGGAUCGGCAGAGGCAGUCCCAAGGCCAGAGCCAGCUUCAGUCGUCGGCCGAAGCGCAAGAGCUGCAACUGGCCAAGGACCGACUGGAGGCCGCCCUCACCGACGUCCGAGCCAAGGACGAGCGAAUCCUGCACCUGACUCGCGACCUGCAGCUUCUCCAGGACAAAUGCGGCGAGAGCGAGGCGGCCUUUGCCCAGAAGCAGCGGAUACAGGAAGACCUGGAGAUCCUUCAAACGGCUCUCAGAGAAAUCGCCCACGCGGUCAUACAGGAUGCAGAGGCCAGGGACAUCGACGCCAGUGUCAACAGUCAAACCACGCCGCACCUUCAUCUCUCCCCGGCUGGUCCACCUCCGAAACGACCGACCACGAGAGUGUCCACUAUUCCCGCCUUUGCCGAGAGCACCAUCAGUGCCGUUCAAGCUGCUUUGCACAAGUAUCAGUUAUCUAUUCACGAGUUGCAGGUGAAACUUCAAACGAACAAGGAGCAGCUAUCUCUAUCGCGAAAACAGACGGAAAAUAUCGAGGAACGUUGUCUGGCACUGGAAGAAAAAAAUGCCGAAAUGACCAUACAACUGGACUCUCUCCGCUCGCAGAGUUUACACUUGUCGCAAGAAAAAGAGAUGCUGCAAAAGGCUCUGGAUAACGCGCGUUGCGAAAAAUUGAGUCUCGACAAGAGUCGGCUCGAAUACGCCAGCACGAUCGAUACCCUCAACGCCGAUUACGACAAGCUGGACAAGCUCAACGUCAAAAUGGAAAAGCUAUGUCGGGGACUCGAAGACGACAAAGCCUAUCUGCAAGCCGAAGUCGAUCGCUUGGCAAAAGACUGCGAUUCGAGAGAGGCGAGUUUGAGAAUCGAGGAGGAACGUUCGAGCAAGCUGCGCGAGGAAAUGUUGAGUUUGAGGGAAGACCUGAGCAAAGCCAAUCUCGCGAGGGACGUGCUCGAGCAACAAAAACUCGAAGUCGAUUCCCACUUGUCGCAGGUGGAAAAGAGCAAGGCCGAUAUCGAAUUGGAGCUCGAACGCGUAGUGCUCGAUAAAUCCGAUUUGCAAGAAUUGAUGUCCAAGUUGCAAGCUGUGUGCCUCUCGCACGAAGAAAAUUUAGCGCGUUUGCAGGAAGAACUGAAAAAAUGCAUCGAUGAAAAGAACAACUUGAUGUCGCAGUGUACCGAUCAACAAAACGAUUUGGCUUCGCUGAGGAAGGAAUUGUUGCAAGCCGAGCAGACGCGAUUAGAUUUGGAAUCCGAAAAAGUCACUAUGCACGAAAAGAUGAAAUUUUUAGAAAUUGAAAAAGAGAAGGUGGAGAUGGAACUGGCUCAGGUUAGUAGGGAGCGAGGCGAUCUCAGCAACCAACUGUCGAUAUUAGCUAGAAAAAAGGAGGCCCUCAAUGAAGAACUUAUGCGAUUGAAGCAGCGAUUCGAGCAAGCUGGAGAGAUGAAUGCUAGGAUCAAUCGAAGUCUAGAAGACCUCGUCAAGGAUAAUGAAGAAAAACAGGUCAUGAUAGAGAGUGGUGACAAGGAGAUUCAAAGAUUGCAAGAAAUUUUGGCUUCGACUCGCAGCGAGAAGGAAACUCUCGAGGCCAUUUUGUUCGAAACUCAGAGCAAUUUGGAAGGUAUGCACUCAAAGAAACUGCAAUUAGAAAAAGAGCAACAGGAGCUUCUGAUUAAACAAGAGAGUUUGAAGGGUCAAAUACUGAGAUUGACCAAAGAGUUAGAAAAUAGCGAGAAACACGCGAGAGAUAUAAAACACAGUUUAACGCAGCUUAGCGAAAACCAGGAGGCUGAAUUCCAAAAUGUCGUGCUAAAUUUGAAAAAACAAAGCGAAGAGGCGAUUAAAAAACUCAAUGAAGAAAAGGAACAAAUUAAAGUAGCUUCUGAAAAGAAACUGCAAAUGGAUUUAUCAAGAUUAGAGAAUGAAAAGGAUAAUGAAUUAUCUCAAUUGAAUCAAAGAAUGGAAGAGUUACAACAACACAUAGAAAAUGUUUGUCAACAGCAUGAAGAGGUUCUAUUAAGAGCAGAAAAUGAUAAACAACAAGCUUUGCUAAUUGCUCAUCAAGAUCAACAAGUUUUAAUGGACAAAUUGGAUAAUGUGUACCGAGAGCUAGAGGGUGAGAAGGGAACGCUCGAUCGUUUUCGACGAGAAUCUGCCUGUCAAGCCGAGCAAGACCGAAAUAGCCUCAAUAAAAUGAGAGACGAGUUGAAUCGAAUAAAAAGUAAAAUCGAUGAGACCAAGUUGAGAAGCGAAGAAGAAAAAUUGAAAUUAGAGUUGAAAAUAGAGGAGGUUCGGAACGAAAGAGACAGCGCCGUUAAGGAAAACGAAGAAUUGCAGGUACAGCUUCACAUGUCCGAAGAUAAGGUCGAUGAACUGCACAAUCAACUCCAAGAAACAGUGAGGAAAUUGAAAGAAGGUGAAGUAACGAUUGAAACAUCGCGCAAGGAACUGGUUGACGUAAGGCGUCAAUUGACCGAUUCCAAUUACGAAAAGGAAAAAUAUAACAGCAGCAACAAAGAACUUCGGGAGCGCAUAAAACAAAUCGAGAGCGAAAAACGGGAACAAGCGCGCACCUUGGAGGAAGUGUACCAGAAGAUGGCCGGUUUGGAAGAGGCGAGAACGGCUCUUGACUCCGACCGAAAUCGUCUUCAGAGCAACAUACGCGAAUCGGAGCGUGAGAUUUUGCAGCUUCAGCAGCAACUACGCAUUACCCAAGAAGAUCUGACAAAGUCUCAAAAUUUGAACAAUCAAGCUCAAAACACGGAGAAAGAAAUUCAGGGACGGUUGGCGAACGAGAUCGAAGAAAGAGAACGUUUGCACUUGCAACUGCAUCAGAUGAAGAAACAGGUCGUAGAUUUAGAAAACAGUCUGGAAGUGACUCGAAUGGAGCUGGGAAAACUGCGCGCUCACCACGACGAGGAAGACGAGCGAGCUCGCGGUCGGGAACAGGAGCUGCUCGUUCGUUUGGAGGAGGCUCGCUGCCGCGAACGAAAGCUCGAGGACCAGAAGCACAAUUUGGAGGUGUGCUUGGCCGACGCGUCGCAGCAGUUGCAGGAGCUCAAGGCUCGUCUGGGCGGUUCCGAGGGCCGAGUCCGAGCUCUAGACGCUCAGCUCUCCCAGCUGGACGCUCACAAGAAGGAGCUCGAGCAAAAACUUAGCAGUAUCGUUUUGAUACUCAGGCGCAUCGCUGGUAUUCAAUUCGAUGGCUCCGUCAGUAUGCCCUUCAAAGUCAGCCCACAACAAACGAGGCGCUUUAGUCCUGCGAGAGUUCAAGAGCCAGCGGAUGGAAAUCGCGAAGUCAUCCUGGACGUGGAUCCCGAGGCAGUCCGAAGGGGUGUCAAAGCUCUCAUGCAACAAGUUGCUCAAAUCGAACGUGAAAGAGACGACUGCAAAACGGAAUUGAGCAGCACGCGGAAGCAGCUCUUGGAAGCUCAGGAGAAUCAGAUGAAGAUCGACUCGAAGCUGAGCUCCCUCGUGGCGAGCAUGAGAUCCUUGCAAGACGAAAAGAACUCCAUGGAGACGAAGCUCAUGCAAAAGAGCACGCUUUUGCAGCAACAGACGGAAAAAUUGCAAGACAAAACGAGCGAGUGCGAUCGUUUCCGGGAGAGAGUCAUGAGCCUCGAGCUGGCGGUGAGCGGCAACUGCGAUGAAAAAACCAUGUUCGAAGAUAAAAUAGAAAAGCUGAAGCAGAUGGUGAACAAGCUGGAAAACGACAAACGCAUGAUCAAAGAGGAGCUGAGCAAGAGCGAGAAUCGCGCCACCCAAAUGGAAGUGCACAGAAUGUCGCUGGAGGGCGAUCUGCAGCGCUUGCAAAUGAUCAUACAAGAGAAGGAGAGCAACAUUCAGAAAUUGCAAGAUCGCUGCGACACGCAGGCGCGAACCAUCACGACUCUGGAAGAACGAUGCAGCUCCCUCAAGAGCACCGUCGAGCAGAUGAACCGCUCCUUGGAGUCGGCUGCGAGCGCCGAGAGCGACAUGAAAUGCGAGAUCAAUCAAUUGCACAGGAGCCUCAUCGAAUUUAACGCGCACUCUCAAAGCGAUACGGAAAAAAUGAAGCAGCUCCAGAAGCAACUAUCGACGACGGAAAGCGAGCGUCGGGUAUUGGCCGAGCGAUUGGAAAACGUCCAGUCGAGCCUGUGCGAGCUGCGUCACGCCAAUCAGAUGCUCAGCGAUCAGAACGCGCGGCUCCAAAACGAGGUGUCCAACAGCGAGGUGUUGCGCUCGGGCCUCGAGGCCCAAUUGAGACUGUCCAGCUGGCCGAGCGAUUCCCGAGGCGCUGCUUGCUCGGGAGGAGCCGCCAACUACUCCGACAACAAAGAUCACGAGGAAAUUACGCGUCAGUUGCAGCAGCUGCAACGCGAGAGAAGCGAGCUCAAAACCAAGCUCGAUCUUCUCACCGACAAGGUAAAAGGCCUGGAGAACGACAAGCGCAACUUGGAGCGUCAGGUGUCGUCGUCGCGAAUGCGCAGCAAGAGCUACGAGCGGCCGGAAAAGAUUCUCACGAGCGAGCUGUCGAUCGAGCAGUCGCUCAACAACGAUCAAUUGGAGCAGGAGAAUCGCGAGCUUAGAGCCAAAGUGCGACGCCUGGAAAAGCAAUUGGCCGAUCGCGAGGCCGAGAUAAGCCGAUUGAAGGCUCAGGUGCACUCGAGCUCGAUGCUCGAGCUGACGACUCGCGACAGAAGCCACUGCGAGCUGGAAAGGUCGCGAGCCGCUCAACUCCAGGCGGAAAAGCUGCUCGAGGCUCGGGAGCAGAGCCACAGGCAGCAGGUCAUCCGUUUGGAGAGUCAGAUCCACGCGUUGCGCGAGCAGCUGAAUCAGGAGAUCAAGCGACGUCAGUUGUACGUGCUCAGGAGUUCCCGAGCGGGCCGCGAGAUGCAGCAGAUACGUCAGGCUCUGGGGGACUCGUUGCGGACCGUGUCGCAGGACCCGUCGCUGGACGCCGUCCUGCUGGAGCACGAGGCGCGCAAACUCGACUGCACCAUGGCGACGACGGCGAGUCUGCCGGCCUCGUUCAGUCUGCCGCUGCCGUCCUCGACGUCCAUGUCCUUGGAGCGAGCCAGAUCACCGCUGCCUUAGAUGUGCCGCCACGAGCCUUUAUGAUUAGCCGCGUAUAUAUGUAUAACAUAGCUGUGAUUACUCUUCUCACGCACACCUCCUCCACUUUUAUACCAAAACGUACCUUUUGUAUUGAAUAACAGUCUUGUGCGUGUACAUACAUAUUUAGAUCCCAGAUCAUUCACGAGCUAUUUUGUUAUGUGUUUCUCGGCCUGCGCUCACAAGUAAACGUACGUUUAUAAUUAUUGUGCGAGUAGCUAAUCAUCGGCGUUACUCAGCUUAACGUCGGACGACGUCUACGGGAUGGAUAUUUAAUUGUAUUAGGGAACAUUCGUAGAGUAUUAAAUACGUUAUAAUUCUAGUCAAGCGUAGAUUGCAUAAUGCCACACGCGUUCUUCGUUACAUGAAUAAUUUAUCAAGCUCGGAUACAUUUAGUGAUUUUUAUGAUCGCGUCGCGAGCACGAAACGUUGUGGACGUUGGCGCGCGAGGCGCGAAAAGAAUCACGAAUGAACUGUGUCGAUUCUCUGGGCUUUGAGAAUAAAUCGGACAUGUACAGUUCAAGCGGGCGCGCACACGAUCCGGCAACUCGUUCUCUUUGUUGUCUCUUAAAAUUGUAGAUUUAUUAGAAAAGUAUAAGCACGCAAUGCAUGCACGCGGGCGCGCGCGUCGCGAGUAGUGCUUACAUAUAGUGCAGCAAACACGUGCGCGCCGAUCGCGACGAUUAGUCAGCAGAAAAUCCUCUGUGUACAGUAGAUACUCGCAAAUAUAUGAUCUCAUCCGUAAAAAUAUACGCGUUGUAGACCGCAGAAAAUAGAAGAAAAUCGCAGAAAACGGCGUGCCCAUUACGAGAAGCUAUUCUAUGAGCAAAUCGACAGCUAUUAUUGUAGGUGCAUGAGGUAUACUACACACACUACGUAGCCAACUAGUCUGAAAAGCUAAAACCUACUUUCAGCCCGUUUUGGCUUUUUCUAAAGCUCAUUAUGUAUGAUUAACCUUCUUGUAUAAUGUAUAUCAACUGUGUCGAGCUCGUUUCAUGUAAUGUAUAUCGCAAUAAAAUACAUCUUUUCGUUGUUUUUUCGUCAAACGA